AUGUCGUCUCUUCCUUCCAGUGUGCCACCACGUCGGACCAAUUUGAUGACCAGGACCUGGCAAGCCGCCGGUCGCGUUUUCUCACGCAAAAACACCACCAAUACCGUCGCCGGCGUCAAGAAGGAGAAGGUGCCUACCGCCGUCGGCGGUCUCGCCUCCACCUCCGUUCCCCGCGCUAGCCUCUCUCCCGCUCCACCCUCUCCAGCCUCUCCAAGCAUCCAAGACAAUAAGAGCAUGAGCGCCUUCCAUAGCGAUGACACUUCUCACAACGUCGACGACGGCGACGACAAUAAUAUCUAUUCGACAAAUACCGGUCGGGAGAACAAUAUCCGCUCGGUGACCUUCGGGCAGGAUAGUGAUGUCCGCUCGGUGACCUUCGGCCGGGAGACUCCUCCAGCAAAUAUCAGCUAUCCUCCUGCUCUACUCUCAUUAUCUUCUCCUCACAACCAAGAUAACCAGGUGAUGAGCGCCUUCGACGCCACCGGUAAUAACGACGAUAAAGCCCGCUCGAUAAGGCUCGGUCGGCAGAGCCCUUCACCUACUAGUAGCACCCAUCCUACUCCGCUCUCUCUGCCCUCUUCGCCCUCUGCUCGAAGUCAAGAUAAUAAGGACAUGAGCGACUGCUACAGCGCCGAUAGUUCACACGACGUCGACGAUAAGGACGACAACAAUAUCUCUUCGACAAACGCUGGUCGGGAGAGCAAUAUCCCCGAGGAGACCCUUAGUCGGGAGAGCGAUGUCCCCGACGAAACCCUCAGUCAGGAGAGCGUCAUCCGCCCAUCCCGGGGUCGGGGUCGUCCAGCUGGGUCUGGCUUGCGCGAAGAAUACACGCCGACCGUCCACGGCGCGUAUUAUAGCCUUGGAGGAAACGCUGUCGGUAUGGCCCUUGCUCCGGCGAUCAUGAGCAAACGCUCGCACGCUGCCCGGAUUGAGGAGACUACCCAUGGGGUGAAUCGUGCGCCACGCAAGUGCCGGGCGUGUCGCGCAAAUGAUGGUCGCUCUGGUGGUGACCGUCCAUGCCGCGUCUAUACGGCCGCGGMUGCGGCGAUUUUCGAUCGAGGAUAUGCACCUGGGAUCAACAGUAAUGGUGUUUCUGCGGGAGUGCUACAUUGGCUGGAGAUGAACGGAAGAUCUCCGUUAGCAACUGAGCCAGAUGCCAGCGGCAGGAAUAACAGCAGCAGUACCAACAAGGCCUGA